GAGGGACAGGGCUGAUGAUUAGGGCCCGAAUCUAAGCUACCCCUCACGACUAUCAGCCAUUAUCAUCAUCCUCCUUUCUUAUUUCUUUCACCUACCUCUUCGUAAAUCUACCACAGUCAUUGACACAAUGUCUUACCCCCUCGAAGCAAUCGGCAUCAUCUCCAUCGGAGAGAUGGGUCUGGGCAUUGCCCAGCUCCUAAUCGCCCACCACUACCGAGUCCUAACCUAUGCGGCCGAUCGGAGCGAUGCCACUCAGCGCCGAGCAUGGGAAGCAGGCAUCGAGCUCCGCCCCUCAAUGCAAGACCUCGUCGACCAAAGCGACUGCCUCCUCUCCAUCGUCCCACCACGGGACGCACUCACAACCGCCCAUCGCAUCGUGGAAGCAUCGUCCGCGCGGCCCGCGGUCCGCGAUACCCCGCUAUGGGUGAUCGAUCUGAACGCCGUGUCCCCACAGACAGCGCGCGAGAUAGAGUCCGUGAUUACUGAAGCGUCAGCAUCAUCAUCGCACCUCCGCUACAUCGAUGGAGGCAUCGUGGGAGGUCCACCCAGGCCAUUGCAGCCAACCAACCCGAAUGAACCAUCCUGGCAUUGUCCCAGCUUGAUCGUUUCUGGCCCCGAGAAGCUCCCAGACGAGAAGUUAUCCCGCACGCUGAACAUCAAACAUAUCUCGGACAAAAUCGGCGUAGCGACCGGGUUGAAGAUGUGCUUUGCGUCUCUGACGAAGGGGUUUUUCGCGUUGGCUAUUCAGUCCUUCACUACGGCCCAUUCGCUGGGCGUGCUGCCGCAUUUGAAGGACCUGAUGGAGGAAUAUAACCCGGCGACGCUACGUAUAGCGGAGAAGGGUGUGGUGGGGAUGCCGCCGAAGGCGUAUCGGUGGGUCAGGGAGAUGAAGGAGAUCGGUGAUACGAUGAGGGAUGAUGGGGGGUUUGAGAGUGAUCUAUUCUACGCCGUGGCCCAAGUGUAUCAAUCCGUCGCGGACGAUCCGAUCCUGGGGCAAGAGAAGCCGGAUGAUCGACAGCGGGGACAGACGGUCGAGGAUGUGGUUGAAUGUUUGGAUAAGAGCCUGAAGGUGAAGAAGGAUUGAUCCAUUCAAUCGAUGAAUUGUAUUUCGUUCCCUGUGUUGGAUAUAUGAUGGAUACCAUGUGUUUAUUCUCUACCUAAGUACCUCCCAAGCCCCAGCCCCGAUGCCGAAUUGAGUGGUCCAUAAGUGCAUGAUACUAUCCCAGUGGAAGGGAGUCAUCUCAUUCUGUAACACACCUAUUGUCAACCCACCGCCACCACACUAC